AUAUUUGAUUUUAUCUUUCAAAGGCUCUCUCUCUUCCUCCCAUUGCCCAAGUGGGUUUUUUUUCUUCUUUGUCUUUCCUUUCUUGAGAAGGGAGAGGAGAAUAGCUUUAAGACAGCUUUUAUAUCCUUUUUUUUCCCCACCCCUCUCAUCCUGUGUUUUCUUGUUUAGAUUCUCUUAGAUCGAUCAAGGUCUCUGAUUUUUACCCUUUAGGACUGCACAAUAAUUUGUUUGGAAGUUCAUACAAGUUGUAAUGCAAGGCCAAAGGGGUACUGUUGGUUCCUUGCCUGAAACCUUAUUUGAUCAUGGGUCUUCAUCAAGUAAUGCUGCUAUAGACCAGCAAGUAUGCUGGAAUAAUAUCCGAAAUCCCAUUGAAAGCAGAUUGUCGGAUUGUUUGCUGUCAGCUAAUGAUGCGAAUAUUGGACAUGGGAACUCUAAUGCUCGAGAGGAUCAGGAGCUGGGUCGGUGCAGCUUGGGAGAGCCUAGCUCUAGUGGCACACAGAGUGUCGUAAGCCAUAACGAGCGGAAAAUGAACCAUGGGUGGUCAUCUUCCAUGAGUGCUUCUUCAAGUUCUGGUCCUAGGUUAGAAGAACGGCGGUAUGAACAGGGCACUCUAUUCGGCCAAAGUUCCAAUUCUAAUACAGUUCCCCAGGAUAUCAACUUGAAUGCAAGCUUAAUGGAUGACGAUAAUAACUGUCAAGAUACAGAACAGUCUAAUCUGUAUAAGCCUAGUGGAUCUCAAAAUGAGCGGAUUUCAGCUUUUACUGGUCCCGAAGCUUUUCUUCUUUCAUCUGGAAGUGGUGGGUAUGUCAUGGGUGAUAAUGAUAGAAGACCUGUUUGCCCUUAUGAGGGCCGUCGUGCAUCCUGCAAAAGAAAGACACUUGAAGGAAAUGUUGGGCAGUCCUCAUCAAGUGGAAGUUCUAGCUACUUUCAUCGAGGUGAAAAUAGUGGGUGCCGUGGACUUCCUGUUAGCUAUAGCACUGGAAGUAGUGUGGAUAUAUCUGCUCCCUCAGGACAGGUGCACCCUAGACUUGGAUUGGAUGUAAGAGGAUCAGCUUCUAGCAGCAUUCAUGAACCAAUUGUUUUACCACCUGCAGAGGGCUCUCACAGGAAUUUCCGCCGUAGAAUUAAUCCUUCAAGUAUGCAAGAGCCUAUUGCUCCUCCAAUUUUUCCUACAGGUGAUACAGCCAGGCAGUCUGUUGUUUUGUCCUCUCAGCAGUCAUCAAGACUUAUUCCAACCGAUCAUUCUCUUGAGUUAAGGUCAGCACCGGUGGCAGAUAAUGCAAGCUCACAAAACUUAAAUGUUGUAAAUCAUGUUCCAACUUUGCCGAGAAAUAUGCAACCAUUUAGGUGGAAUGGAGGUUCUGGUUCAAGAGUCGGCAGUUCAAGUUCCAAUUUAUCUGUGGUUAGAGAUUUUGUACCAUGUGAGGGGCCUCAAUCAAGAAGCAUUGCUAGAAACCUAUUAGAUCAUCCUAUGUUUGUUCCUGCACCGGAAUUGAGACCUAUGGUGAGGAAUCCAGUAAAUCGAGGUUUAGGCACAGGAAAUGCAAGUGUUCCUGGAAAUGUUGCUUCUACAUAUCGAGGUGGCUCAAGUUCUGGUGCCAAUGCAUCAUCUGCUUCCACAUGGGUUCCUCAUCCCAACCCUUCACCGCAAUACCCACGGAGAUUGUCAGAACUUGUUCGUCGAUCAUUGAUGUCUUCCGCUGGUGCUGAAUCUGGAGGUCAUGUCAAUCAUUCUCCACUUUCUUCAGGACUUCCUACUUCCCCAGAAGAGAUGCUGCUUUCCUCCGGUGUACCUAAUCAGGGCCACCAUCGUCAAUACCCUAGGUCAGCCUCAUGGUUGGAGAGACAAGAUGCUGGCUUCCAAGGAAUUCCCCAUUCAUUGCGGACCUUGGCUGCUGCAACUGAAGGAAGAAGCAGGCUUCUUGCGUCCGAGAUACGCAAUGUCUUGGAUCUCAUGCGUAGGGGUGAGAACUUGCGUUUUGAGGAUGUUAUGAUCCUUGAUCAAUCAGUAUUUCUUGGGGUAGCUGAUGUUCAUGACCGGCAUAGGGAUAUGCGGCUCGAUGUUGAUAACAUGUCGUAUGAGGAGUUAUUGGCUCUGGAAGAGCGAAUUGGUAAUGUAAGCACAGGGUUGAGUGAGGAAGCCAUAUUAAACCGUCUGAAACGACAAAAGUACUCUAGUACACCAGGAGCUCAGUCAGAGGCAGAACCGUGUUGUAUUUGUCAGGAAGAAUAUAAUGAUGGAGAAAAUCUUGGGACACUGGAAUGUGGCCACAACUUCCAUGCCGAUUGCAUUAAACAAUGGUUGGUGCGCAAAAACUUGUGCCCCAUUUGUAAAACAACUGGUCUGACUAAAUGAGAAGACGAAGAAAAAGUGGCAUCCAAGCUUGUACUCAUUAAAACUUGAUGCCUUCAAAUGUUUUCCAUAAGCAGCCUUUUAAGUGUUCACACCGAGAUAAUCCAUGGCAAUUCUAAUUCAAUUGCCUGAGCCAUUUUUACUUCCAAUUAUGUCAAACAAAGCAAAGCUUCUGGGUGGAGUGGAUAACACAAAUGCUUGAAGCACUGGGAACAGAAAAGCUAAUUUCUAUGUUUUUUUCAUUCUAUCAUUGCACUUGCACUAUUAGUUUUUAUGUAUGGAAUCUUCAGCCCAUUGGCGACAUAGAUUAUUGAUUAUCUUUAUAUUUU